ACCGAUUCAUCACGAUGGCACACCUACUCCUAGUGACAGAGAGGUGAGGACGGUGUCAGUCUGAAGGAUAAAUGUCCUGUUUAUACUAGGUACAGCUGGGCUGACACUACGAGCUGCAUCUUCUCUCCUGAGCUUACAUUGUGAUCUUCAACCCAAAGCAAUGUUUGUGUCAGUACUGAAAAAUAUGUUAUGUCUUUUUCUUAAUGCUAUUCAGUAACAUAUCAGAGAUGUCUCAUUGCUGCGCCAAGUGACGAUGCACAGUGGAAUCGGAUUCCAAAGUGUGUAGGCCAUUGAUUUCCAUAUCUGACUUUCUACUAUGGGAUUAAGUGUAAUAACUCCAAGGGUCCGAAGUGGAGUAAAAUGCAUUAUCUAAUCAUUUAAUGCAAACAUAUGUAACAUAAUAAUAUCGUCUGUAAGUGUUACAAAACAAUCAGUAUUUUAAUCUAAGUUUAUAGGUUUUUUACUAAUCUAACACCAUUUAUUAUAGAGAAAUGGUAAUCUUUCUGAACAUUUGACCCUUUUAGAAAAAACAUGAAAGAGAAGGCAGUGUUAAAAAAUGAAUUACUUUGUAAUAAGGGCUGACUUAAUGGCGCAUCCUACCUUACGUUGAUCUUUUUCCAUAAUACUGACGUGUAAAGGCUUAGCCAAAUGCGACUUUUAUUAAGGACCAAGAGAAGGGCAUUUUGGCAAGGGAAAGCAGAUCAUGUUUCAGUGUGUUUAUGAAUAAUUAAUGUGUCUUUCCAUGAGUGUUUUCUUUUCUGUCUCUGAUGAUCAGAUAUUUUGCCUCAGUGGAAAUUGAGUUUUUGCAAGAAAUCUCUCAGGCAUAGAUAUAUUGGUGGUUUGAUAUUCCAUGGAAAAAUUCGUUUUUUACUUGUGAUGAAACUAUUUCCAUAUUUUAACAUAGCAAACUCAAAGCUGGAAUAAAUUAUGCCUUUUAGGUAGGUUAUUUUCCUCUGCUUUCUAGCACAUCCCUUAAAAUCUUACCUGAGACUUAUGUGCCCGUUGUUUCGAAGCUUUUGGUGGCAUCACAGCAUCUUCUUUCAUCUCACACAUUUGUUGCACUUUGACACCUCUGACAGUGCUUACCUUAUCUUCAAAAUCUGAUUUGGCCUGGUUUUUAUCAAAUUUUUAGGACUGCAGGUAGAGGUGUCAAACAGUUAUUCAUGGCAUUAAUGUUGAUUAAGUGUUUCACUUUUCAGCUUUUAUUUUUCCUCAAAUUCAUGUAGUCUCUCUCUUACUCUUCUUUCUCUUCCAUCCAUCCCAGCCUCCCUCGGACAGGCACUCCCUCCAGUGCUAUUUCACUCUCAUGGUGUUGUUUUUCUCAUUGCUCUCUGUGUUCCUCUCCUUUGCCCACCUUUUGUCCCGUUACUGCACUGACGGCGUCAGAUGCUGGCCGGGAUGAUAGCAGAACCCGCUUUUCUCUCAGAGUAUACUAUCUUUGCUCUGGACCAUUCAAAUCGACCCAAAACGGCCCAGGUAGCCAGUGUGAGUGCUUCCAAAGGACCUGCCAGGUCUCCUAGCGGUAGCAUCAAUGGGGAUGGAAGAGCUUCUCCUCACAGAGAGGAAUCACAUUCAUUUGCCCAGAAACUUCAGCUGAAAGUGCCGUCAAUGGAGUCGCUGAUACGUGGUGGUGCCAGUCGGGCAGAAAGUCUUUUCCGCUCUCAGUCUAAAGAAAAUCUGGUCCGAAGCCCAUCACAUGAGUCGUUGACGCCAUCGGAAGAAAACGAGUCUCCGGGGGCCCCCAUGUACGAUCCGCCUUCAGAUAUCGAGAGUGAGGCGGAGGAGCCACCGGGAAUUGCAGAGUCUCUCUCUAAAGAGCAACUAUUGCACCGGCUGCUUCAGGUGGAGAGGAGCCUGGGUAAAUACAGAGGAAAAUACUCAGAGCUGGUUACCUCAUACCGAACAGUUCAGAGAGAAAAGGAGAAAACACAGGCCAUCCUCAGUCAGAGCCAAGAUAAGUCACUCCGCAGGAUAGGGGAGCUUCGGGAGGAGCUUCAAAUGGACCAGCAGGCUAAGAAACACCUCCAGGACGAGUUUGAUGCUGCUCUUGAAGAGAAAGACCAGAUGAUCACUGUCCUCCAAACACAAGUUGCUUUGUUGAAGAAGAGAGUGAAGGGGGUGUCUGACAGUUCGCACCCACCUGAGGGGGGGGUCCCUCAGUCUGAGGCAGCUGAAGACGCCACAUCUGCAGCAGAGAGCCCAUCCAAGGUGCAAGGAAUAGAAGUUGAAGUCACAGAGGGAGAGGGCAACAGUGAUCCAACCAAACUUAUGGAGGCUCUGCAGAAGAGAGUAACGAGGCAAGAGAAUCUGCUCCAGAAGUGCAAAGAUGUGAUACGCACACACAAAGAGCGGAGUGCACAGCUGACCAGCGAGAAUGAAACUCUGCAGGAGCAGCUGCAGGAGAGACUCCAGGAGCUUGAGAAGAUAAAGGAACUUCAUACAACAGAGAAGACCAAACUGAUCACUCAGCUGCGGGAUGCCAAGAACCUCAUUGAACAGCUGGAGCAGGACAAGGGAAUGGUAAUUGCUGAAACCAAACGGCAGAUGCAUGAGACGCUGGAAAUGAAAGAAGAGGAGAUUGCACAGCUGCGUUCCAGGCUCCAGCAGGCCACUGCCCAGAGGGAAGAAUUACAGGAACAGAAAGAAAAGGCUGAGAAAUCAGCUUUUGAGGAGCUCGAACGAGCUCUGGGUGUAGCGCAGAGGGCAGAGGAGGCCAAAAAACAGCUGCAGGUUCAGCUGGAAGAGGAAGUUAGAGAAGUUGAAAGGGCCAGUGAGGAAGAGCGGAAGAGUCUUCAGCAGGAGCUCACACGAGUCAAACAGGAAGUCGUCACCAUCAUGAAGAAAUCGUCUGAAGAAAACGUGGCUCAUCUGGAGAAAGUCCACAGACAGGCUUUGGCUGCUAAAGAAGAGGAAAUAAAAGUCAGAAUCCACGAAGAAGUGGAGCAGUGCAAGCGGGAGUUUGAGCAGUUAUCUAAGGAGCGGGAGCUGCAGGCUUCUCUGGCUCUGGAGGAUGAAGAGUUGCAGAAAGCGGCUAUAAGGACUGAUGCAGACAACAAGGUUAAAGAAAUACAGCUGGAGCUGGAGGCAGCAAGAACUAGGAUAUUGGAGCUGGAGAGCUCUGUGGACAAGAGUGCACAAGAUGAGUCCUGUCUGGCCCAUGAACUUCCCAGUCAGCUGGAGGAGCUGAGGAAUAAACACAAAGAGCAAAUGGCUGUUUUAGAAGAAAAGUAUCAGGAGCAGCUGGAAAAGCACAAAGGCGCUCUAACCCAGCAACAUAAUGCUGCUCUUGAGGAGAUUAUCGAAACCCACAGAGUUGAAAUUGAGACGCAACUGAAAGAGAAAGAGCUGCAGUUCCAGUCACAUGUUGAGGACAUGAACCAGAAGACCUCAGAGAAACUGGAUGCAAAGCAGGCGGAGUUGGAGGCACUUUCCACUGAACUUUCAGAGGUGAUAAAGAGUAAACAGCUUCUCGAGGAGAAGCUGAACACGGCUGAAGAUGCUUCGAAGUUAACUCUGCAGGAACACGAUAAAAGAUUUCAGGAUCAGUUGGCAAACAUCAAACAGGAGCAUGAACAGUCUCUUGGGGGUAUAGAGAAAGCUCUAAAGGAAGAACUUAAUGCUCUGAAAAUUGUUCUUAGGGAAAAAGAAAAGGAGAUGGAACAACUUAUCCUUAAGGAAAAAACACUACAAGAGGAAUCGUGUUCCACUGCACAAGAAUUGGAAGUCAAAAAUAGAGAAGUUGAGGAUCUGCAGCAAAUUUUAAAGGAAUCAAAUGAACAGUGCAAUAAAAUCUCAGAUGAUGUUGGUCAGUAUAAGAAGGAACUGACAGAUUUGGAGCUUCAGCUGGAGGCAGCUAAAAAUGAUUGUCAGCACAAGGAGAAGUUGCUUCAAGAACUAGAGAUCCAGUUACAAGAAAUUAAAAAGGAGCUUGUGGAGAAGGAGAAGUCAUAUACUAAAGAACUGACGACAUAUCUGGAGGAGCAAAGAAUCCUCAAGAAACAGCUGGAGGACGAAAAAGCUUCUCAUGAAAAGAAACUGAAACACACUAAAACUGAGAUGGAGGCCAAGCUGAAAUCACAGGAAACAAAGAUGGAAAAGUUCAAACAGAAAGCCAAAGAAAUGCAGGAGAACUUUAAAAAAAAGCUGCAGCAGAGUGAAGAAAACAUGAAGAAGGAGCUCGCAAAGAAGGACAAUGAGCUUCAACAGAAAGACCAGCAAGUUCAAGAGAAAAUGGUGGAGAUGGCUCAGAAAAGCUCUCAAGGCCUAAGUAGCACAGUGUCAGAACUCCAGGCCAACCAUAGGGAGGAAGUGGAAAAACUGCAUGCUUCCCAUAAGCAUGAGGUUGAGGAGCUGGUACGCUGUUGGGAAGAGAAAUUGGUGCAGCAGGAGGGAGAACUCACAGAGAAACACGCACUCAUGCUGCUGGAGAAGGAACAGGGACUAGAGGAAAUGUCUCAGCAGCUUAGCAGAAGCAGAGCUGAGUGUGAACAGGCUUUGUGUGAGAUGAAGGAGUUAAAGGAGGGCCUGGCAAUCCGGGAAACCACUGUCCAAAAGCUGCAAGAAGAGCUUAAUGAAGCUGCGGUUAAGCUGGAAAGUUUGUCUCAGGGUGAAGCGUUGCUCAAAGAACAAAUGGAGUCAGCAGAGAGGAACCUCAACCAGGCUUUAAGUGAAAGAAAUGCCCUCCAAGACAAGCUGACUACAGUAAAAGAAGAGAACAGGGAGAGGGUAAAGAAUUUGUCAGACAAGUUGAAGGAAACAGAGCUGCAGCUUAACAUGAUGGAAAGCUCCAGAUGUAAUGAAACCAGGGACCUGCAGAAUAAAUUUGAGGAAACUUCCAUGCAACUACAAGCCAAUGAGACAGAGUUUCAACAGCAGUUGAUUAUGAUAUGCAACAGAAUGGACCAGUACUGUAGGGAGGUUCAGUCCAAAGCAGAAUCUGCCUCCAACGAGCUCCUCCAACAAGUUGAAUGUCGAAUCAAAGAGCUAAACAGGAGACUGCUGUGUAGCCAGGAAAAGGUCAGGCACCUCAAAAACUGUGUUCUCACUAAUGUAGGCAAAACUUGCACUUUAGAGGAAAAUCUUUGCCAGUGUUCAGAGGAGAACAAGAAUCUAUGCAUCUCAUUAGAACAGACGACCGCUCAGGUACAAGCUCACAUGGAGCAUAUAGAAGCCUUAACACAUGAGAGAGACGCUCAUGUUCAGAAAGUCGAUGAGCUGAGUGAAGCAAACAGAGUCAUAUCAGAAAAUCUGAAAAGGAACCAACUGCACAUCACAGACUUCGAAAGCAUUGUCGCUGACUUGAGAAAUCAGCUUGCAAGUAGCAUAAAAGAGAAGGAGGAAGCCAUAAAUCUGUUAAACCAGCAGUAUGAAGAGGAGAGACAACAGGCCGCAGCUCAGAUGAAAGAGACCAUAGAGAGAUUAGAGCAGGAGAGGAUGUCUGCUUCAGAGCAGGCCGAUGUGCUCAGGGUCAGCUUGUCGGAGCAUGAGAACAAGGCAGAGACAAAGUUCACCCAGGAUAACAACACUAUUACAUCGCUACAGACAAGGCUGAAGGAAUUGGAAGGAGAAAUCUCUGAAAAGAACGAUGCUUUCCAAAGGCUGGCGGCAAGUAUUGACAAUCAGUCCAUCAGCAAGACUGUGCUGGACCAGGUGUUGAGUGAGAAAGAGCAGAAAAUCAACAGCCUUACUGCGGAGCUCCAGGGCUGCAUCAGUCGACUCGAUGAGCUUCAGGAGCAGUUAGCCUUAAAGACAAAAGAGUGUGAACAGCUCACAUGUGACCUCAAACAGCAGCAGAGCAUCAGGGAGAAUGAGAAGAAAGAGUUGGUGGAGCAGCUACAGCAGAUCCAGACGCAGUGCUCUCAGAAUGGUAAUUUGGAGCAAGAGAUGGUGGAAAAGCUGCAGUCCCUGGAGGAGGACAACCAGACGUGUAAACACAAGCUGGAAAGUCAGAGGGAGGAAUUUGAAAGGAUGAAAGAGGAAAUUAUCAAGGGCAAGGAGGAGAGUCUAAAGGCAGCUGAGGAGAAGUUAUCUGCGGAGAGCGCACGGAAAGUAUCAGAGCUGAAGAAGAAAGCUGAGCAGAAAAUAAGUCAAAUCAAAAAACAGCUCACAACACAACUUGAAGAAAAAUCGCAGACAAUUGAAGCUCUCCAGAGUAGCCUGGUGGAAAUAAAGAGCAAUGAGACUUUGGGCAAAAAACAAGUCGAGGCAUUAGAAGAUCAAACGAAAGCACUAGAGGAAGCUCUUAUCACGAUUAAGAAGGAACAAGAGAAGCAACUUGAACAGAUUCUAAGUGAUGAGAGGCUUGAGAAAAAGAAGUGUGUAGAGGAGCUGAAAGUCAUGUAUGAAGAGAAGCUGAGCUCACUGCAGAGAAACGACGACCAGCAAGCGGAGCUCAGAGAAACCCUAUCGACACUGCACGAAAUUCAGGCCAAGCUAAACGAAGCAGAGGAGGAGAAUGGAAAGCUCCUCACAGAAAUAAAUUAUCUGAAAGAGGAAAUGGGCAGGAGGGAUGCCCAGCUCCAUCAGCAUCGGCUCCAGAGUCCAUCAGAGAGUGAGAUGACAUUGGAACGUAGCAGUGUUCAGCAAACCAUGAGUGCGAUGGAAAACCACUCUCCCAUGCUGGGGGCGGAUGAUGAGGGCGACUCUUUGCAGUCUGUGAAGAGUCAACUGAUUCAGAUGAAGAAUGAGAAAGAGAAAAUUCAGAAGGACUUCACCAGGUUACAGAAAGACAUGCGGGUCCUGAGGAAGGAGCAUGAACAAGAUCUGGAGUGCAUAAAGAAAGAGUUGUUAGAGGAGAAUGAGAAAAAGUAUAAACUGGAGUUGGAGGACGUGGAAAUGAAGCACAACUCUGCUAUAAAGCAGUUAAUGAGGGAGUUCAACAAACAAAUGGCUCUGAAAGAGAGGGAGCUUGAUACAUCUGUGAAGGAGACAAUAGCCAAGGCCCAGGAGGUGGAAGCUGAGCUCAUCAGUACCCAUCGGGAUGAGGCCAGUCAGCUUCGGAAGGUGAUUUCCCAGAAGGAGGAUGAUUUGCACAGAACUGUUCAGAAAUAUGAGGAAGUAAUCCAGAAUCGAGAGGAGGAGAUGGGAGACAGAGUGUGGCAGGUUCAGAAACAACUGGAAGAAUUGCAAGUGCGCUGCCAGGACACUACCGAGAUGACCUCAGAGGACUUACAGGCUCAGCUGGCUGAGAAGACGACCCUGCUGAGCGCAGCGCGGCUGAAGGAGCAGGAGUUUGUUGAGAAAAUUCACUCACUGGAGGACAAGAUUAAAUUUCUCCACCGAAACACUGUUGUAACUCAUCUCGGGGGCACGUUCAAAGAUCCUGGGAUCAACACACCGGAUACUUUUUCAGAACCCACUGAGACGGAGUACCUGAGGAAGACAAUGGCCAAGGUGAUCACAUCUAUGCUCAAGUUUCCUCCUGAUUUGGCUCAAAAGGUUUUGGACAAAGAAGAUUCAAAAACAGUUGUAAGCACCACUAAUAUUAGCUCUCACCUCCAGCUUGCUAACUCCACCAGGCGCCUUGGUUACGAUGAGUUGGUGAUUCGGGUACGUCGGGAUGAUGAUUUGCUGCUGCUGCUGAAGGAGAAGACUGCCAUGGAUGAUAUCAAAGCCCUUCAACCCUUGGCUUAUUCCUACAAUAUAGACUUAGAACACCCGUUGGUGUUCCGCGGACCAAAUUCUAGUUUUUUCGGCUACUCGGUGUUGGAGCAUUAUCAUGACAACACACGCUGGGUAAUAGUAGGGGCACCGAAGGCAAACUCAACCUACAGCAGCUCUGUGCAUUCUCCUGGAGCUGUGUUUAAGUGUCGAGUUCACAGUAACCCAGAGCGCCGCUGCACAGAGAUGGAUCUGGGAAGAGGAAACAGGCCCAGAGAGUCGUGUGGGAAGACGUGCCAAGGAGACAGAGACGAUGAGUGGAUGGGGGUCAGCCUUGCCCGCCAGGACAGAGCCAAUGGCCAAAUACUGGCUUGUGCUCACCGGUGGAAAAACAUCUUCUAUGACACAGAGCACAUCCUUCCACAUGGAUACUGCUCCAUCAUCCCUCCAACACUUCAGGGCAGGACGAAACCCCUCAUCCCUUGUUACGAAGACUAUAAGCAGAAGUAUGGGGAAGAGCAUGGCUCGUGCCAAGCUGGGAUAGCGGGAGUUUUUAUGGAGGAGCUAGUUGUGAUGGGGGCUCCAGGCUCAUAUUACUGGACUGGAACGAUAAAGGUGUACAACAUGACAUCUGACACCUUCUACAGCCCAAAUAAAGAUAACAUUGACUCCCACCGAUACAGCUACUUAGGCUAUGCAGUGACUGCAGGACACUUCUCCUCCCCUAAUGUGAUCGACAUCGCUGCAGGGGCACCACAGCAUAGCGGCAUUGGAAAAGUUUACAUUUUCAAAAUUGAUGGUGCAUCUUUGGUGAAGAGUUUUCAAGCCUCAGGGAAAAUGAUGGGCUCUUACUAUGGCUCCUCAUUGUGUGCAGUUGAUCUGAACCAGGAUGGCCUGUCGGACCUGCUGGUGGGGGCACCCAUGCACAGCCAGCUUCGGGACGAGGGCCAGGUGUCUGUAUACCUCAGCAAGGGCAAUGGUGUGAUGGAGGAGUAUGCAGUUUUGAGUGGUGAUAAUGCUUUCAAUGCACACUUUGGAGAGUCCAUUGCAGCUAUCGGGGACAUUGAUGAUGAUGGUUAUCAAGAUGUAGCCAUUGGUGCACCUAAAGAGGAUGAUUACGCAGGAGCAGUCUACAUCUACCAUGGGGAUGCUGAAGGAAUUACAAAGAAAUACUCUAUGAAACUGUCUGGGCGCAGUGUAAACCCUGGUUUGCAGAUGUUUGGCCAGUCUAUCUCUGGCAACGUGGACAUGGAUGGCAAUGGAUAUACAGAUGUCACCAUUGGAGCCUUCAUGGCAGACAGCGUGGUUCUGCUGAGGUCCCGGCCUGUCAUUACAGUUGAUGUCUCCAUCUUCCUACCCCUCUCCAUCAACAUCUCUGUGCCUCAGUGCCACGAGGGCCACCACAACCUCAACUGCUUCAACGUCACAGUCUGCAUGCGAUUCAGAGGAAGACAGCUGCCCGGACAAAUAGGGGAGCCGGAGCCCUGUCCUUACAUAAUGACUACGUCCUUGCUCGAAGGAAUAAAGCCUCUCUGUCUAGCUGUCUGGCCAUUACUAUGGAAAGUGCGGCAGCAUGUGCUCGGUGACUCCCGUAAUGAAACCUUCCUUUACCUCGUCUGGAAUGAGCUCAUGGAGUUCACUCUGCUGCUGGACGACGGAAACAAGUUGCUGUACAACUUGACAGCCGAUGUGGAUAAGAAGCAGAAGGGUCAGCCCUCUCGAGUUUACUUCGCUCAGAGUGGAUCUCAGAUCACCCAGCUGAACCAGCAGCUGAGCCUACACAUAAACAGAGAGGAGUGCCAGCACUACACGGCCUACAUUAAGGGGUGGAAUCUGCUAAACUCCCGCUUAAAGUCUGGAAAAGAUAAUGUGAAAGAUCAGCCACGCUUAGGAUUUGACCCCAGUCUGAUCUCCACAGACAAACAGGAAACCCAGGAGAGUAACCUUUGCUCGCUGGGCAGAGUGUUCCUGCAGUCUUUUGGCCGCAUCGCUGCCACACGAUGCCACCACAAGGCAACUUAA